AUGGUGCCCAGUGGGCGUGGGGAGAAUCUCCGGUCAGGGAUUUCUGACUUCCAACGAGAAGAAUCGGAACUGACACAGCAGAUCGAGGCAGCCAAGACCUCACUUGCAGCAGCAGUCCGAAGAUUCGAAGAUUCGAAAUCAGAACUGGGAGUCCAGGUGAUCGAUGUCGAAGCUCAUGCAGCCAUGGAGGAAGCAUCCAUGGAUGCCGCAGAUGGCAGUGCAGCUGGAGCAGCUCUCAUCGACAGCCUGGCGACAAUGCGCUCACAGUUAGAGACGGUGCAAGCUUCAGCCGAAGCAAUGGUGACAGAAGAAGCCAACAAUUCCAACAAAAGACAGCGAGUCGAAGAGGGAUUCGUACAGUCUGCGCCAUAUUCUGCACCAUCAGGCACGCCACAAGCCAUGCAGCCAUUUGCGCCACGGGAGACCACGGAGAACCAAAGUCCGCCUUUUCCAUCGCCCGACAAGAAGAACCGAACGAUGAAGAUCAAUCUGAACACCCUGUGCCUCCUUCAAGCUCGAGCAGCAGCACAAUUGAAGCAGCAAGGUUACACGCUACGUGUCUUCCAAGAUGUUGCAGACCUAUUUGACUUCCCGGAAGCUGGAAGGAUCGCUGCCGAAGUGCUGCAGAACACGUACGCAGCAACAGCCGUUCAGGAUCCAACACAGCAGACCAGUCCAACAGCCCACUUUGCGUGCCAUGUCCUUAUUGAACAAGCGAUUUCCAAUGUACGUGCAGCGGUAGUCUUGACGGCCCUCUUGGAAGGAGAUCACAGAGAUGCCAUCAUCCAAGGAAAAGAUGUGCUCUGCCCAUGGCAUGAUCAUUUAGACUUGCCCGAGGUGAUUCGUGCCAGUCUUCCCAAAGAGCGUCCAGCAAUUGACAUGAACAUUGACUGGUCAAGCUUUGAUAGAGUUAUCAUCUACACUGAUGGAAGCUCCAAGACGGCCAAUCGACGCAAACCUCCAUUAUGGGUUCAAGAGCAUGACACGCCAGAUGCAUGGUCGUUUGUUGUGUUAGGGGAGAAAUAUGGAAGUGCCACAAGUAUCCCUGAACUUGUCUUUCUUGGCUGGCAUGCGCAACAAGUCACCUAUGAAAACGACCUUUCGCAUUUCGUAGGUGUGUUUCAGGCUCUUCAAGCCACCAUGCCUGCUGAAUGUUUGGAAGUUCGCCAUGUUCGCGGCCACACAGGUGACCCUUGGAACGAGCUGGCGGACCACUUGGCAAAAUCCGAAGCCGCCAAGGGACAUCAACUCAAGAGACAGGCAGUUGACAUGCGUGAGUUCUUGCCAAUGCUUCCGUAUCUUUGGAUGGUUUUCGAUGGUGCAGCAGGACUCCCGGACUUUACUGGUGAAGGGUUUGACAUAGGCUUGCAGGAAGCCCGCAGUCCAGCAGGCAUGACCCAAGUGGACCAGGAUCAGUCGACACACCUGGACCUUCUGUCAGCCGAGGACCGCUGGAUUCGAUUCUUCAGCCAGAUGGAAGGCGGUGACAGAGCCCGACUUAGCAGGCCGACAGCAAUGAUUUUCCUUGAUCUUACCGAAGCCUUUUAUCGCAUCAUCAGACCACUUGCUCUGGGGGGUGAUUUAUCUGACGAGCGUGUGGCUGAGAUGGCACACAAACUGGGUCUGCAAGGAGAUGCGCUGCAUGAAUUUCAUGCCCAAUUAGCAGAACCAAGUGCCCUUGCGGAUGCUGGCGCAUCACCGACAGUGCAAAGAUUUCUCCAAGCCAUCCAUGCUGAGACUUGGUUUAGAAUUGGAGACCAACAAGACAUUGUCAAAACCACAAUCGGUUCGAGACCGGGUGACUCAUACGCAGAUGUGGUUUUUGGGUUUUUAUGGUCAAAACUUUUGCACUCAUAUGUGAAUGCUCUAGCGGAGCAUGACGUCUUGGAGAGGAUUCCGGUUUGUGACUUUCCUGAUCUGGUCCCAGUGGAUCCAUCUGCCGUUGAAACACAACAGCUGCGUUACUAUGGCACGUUGCACAACUGUGGUCGAGAUGCGCUAUGGGGAGUGCUGCAGGAAGAUCAUGAUUGGUUGACAUUGCUGAAGGAUGACAUGACUUGGCUUUGGGCUCAAAUUUCCAACACCUCAUCGAUUGGAGAUCCAAGAGAACAUUAUCCUGCUUGGAAAGACCUUCUCAUCCAUCAUGGAGGAUAUUGGAAAAAGUUGAUUAAGAGGGGUAUCAUGCAUGCGGUUGCGCAGAGAGACAACUAUGCAGUUGCUCUGCGCCUCCACCAGGACGUGGGCAUGACCUUAUUGCGGCAAAACUGGAUUGACAGCCUGCCAUGCAACACAGUCAUUGCAGAGCCUGAAGAGCACUAUGGCUGCAUGAAAUGCCAAUCGAGGCGUACGUUGCUCCACUUCCUGGAAGAUUUCACGUUGCAGGAUGCAGAGGUUCUUUCUUUUACUCAUGCAGAAGUAUGUGAAUGCUUGCAACAGCUUUGCCUUGUUGAUGCUUGGCCGUUUCUGAAGCAGACAUGCUACAGAGAGGGACAACAUCUUUCCACUGAUAUCAGUGAUUGGGAAGCGUGGUGCACUGACAUUGCAUAUCAGGCCAAUGCAUGGGACCAUCUGCAACCGCUGCCACGGACUUUGUGCAGACAGAAGGUCGUCCUGCAUGCUUAUGCAGGCAGACGAAGGCCUGGAGAUGUGGAGUGGUACAUCGAGGCGGUGGCCAAGAAGUACCCGGAUUUUCAGAUUUUCGUUGCGUCAGUCGACAUUGUCAUUGAUGGGAUCUAUGGUGACAUCUCGCGAGAAGACACCCGAACAUAUUGGGUCAGCCACAUUGCUCAAGGCCAUGUUGUGGGAUUUUUUGCUGGGCCUCCAUGCAACACGUGGAGCAAAGCACGACACCACAGUCUAGGCCCUCCUGAAAGCACCUUAAGGGGACCGAGAGUAGUGCGCACCCCAACAGAGCCUUGGGGUCGUUCGUCAUUGAGGUUGACGGAGUUGGCGCAGGUCAAUUUGGGCACACUGCUCUUGGGUUUCGCAUUCCAGUGCAUUGUUGCACUGGCCCUCAGAUCGGGCACAGGGUUCAUUGAACACCCUCGUGACCCAGAAGAGGAGGAGAAGGUGAGUAUUUGGCGGUUGCCAAUACUCCGAAUGAUCUUGACGCUGCCGAAUUUGCGCCUGGUGCACCUAGCCCAGGGAUUAUUCGGAGCACCAUCUGCAAAGCCAACUACGUUGCUUGUCCUAGGAAUGACAUCUUUGGAAAUGGCACUCUACAAGCAGAUGCUGGCCAAAACUCUUCCUACAGGUGCAUCAGUAGGCCGUGACCAAGACGGUCAAUUUCGAACAGCUCCAUUGAAAGAGUAUCCGCCAGCGCUAUGCAAGGCGUUGGCGGAAUCACUCAUGCUUGAUCUCACCUGCACAGAGUGCGGUGCAGAAUGCUUGCCGGCUGACCUGAUCCAGAAAUGUAAAGAUAUGGCAGGCUCGAUGAUGGCUGUGUUGCCGGGGGUGAAGUCCAAAGCCGACAUUGAGAAAGCCUGGUCCACGGUGGACCGCAAUGGAGACGGGCGUUUGUCAUAUCAAGAGCUGCGGCCGCUGUUGAGAGCUUCAAGCGGCCUGGGUGAUGAGACAGAUAAGAUUACGAUGGAAGAUCACAUCUACAGCCUUCUGAUGGUCAUGGACAAAGACAAAACUGGCUUCGUGGACCGGGAGGAGUUUAUCAGCUGCGUUAUGCGUUUCUUAUCCGGAGAAUCCUUGGUGAAUUCUGUAUCGAUGGCGAGCAUGCAUUCCAGCUUCGAGGCAGAUAUUGCUGCGGCACAAGCGGCAAGAAAAGCGGAAGCGAAGGGCGGUGCCAGCUCUGCGCUGAACGAAGAGAUGGCCAAAUGGACCGAUGAGGAGAUCUCGCAGUGCUGGGCUUCGACCCAGGGCGUGAUCCGGGCCCUGUCAACCACCACCGGGUGCGCUUCCGCGGUCUUUCAGGUGCUUGAUGAGGACUCGGAUGGUGCCAUCGACCGUGAAGAAUUCCGAAAGGGACUGAGGCAGCUUCUGGCUGGGAACAACAUGCUUCGGAACAUGCACGUGUGGGAGCCGCUACUUUGGAAGCUCGUGGACGAGGAUUCCAGCGGUGUGGUCUCUCCACACGAGAUGAACCUGGCCUUUUCAGUACGAGAGACCCUCUCCAUAUGA